UACUUCAGAAUUACACCAUAGAUGUAAAAUACAAUCGAAUUCGAAGUAGUAGUACCUAAAAAGAAAAUAACCUCACUACUGAAAAUAAAAACUAAAUGGCGAAUAAUAUUUCCUUGUAUUUCUUGCUUUAAAUUUUGUAAAAAAUGAAUUUCGUCUUGUUUAGGAGUGUAUUGCGAAACGUUGCCUCGGCAGCAUACCGAUCAAAUAAUGUAUUCAGCGCUUGUGGAUUGCCACAAGUUUCGAGAAAUAUACAGACUACAUGUAAACAGUACGAUUUAAUGGAAUUUUUUGACGAGAAAAAAAAUUGGAAUGAAUCAAAUAUACGAGUGGGUAGAUCUUGGAAGUUAGACGAACUAAGAAUAAAAUCCAAUGAAGAUUUGCAUAAACUAUGGUAUGUGUUGUUAAAAGAACGUAACAUGCUGUACACCAUGGAACAUGAAUGUAAUGAAAACGUACGGCUUUUUCCUAAUCCGGAGAGAAUCGAUAAAGUGCAAGAAUCAAUGGACAACAUCGAAACAGUUAUACGGGAGCGAAAUGUAGCUUAUUAUAAAUUAGAAACUGGAGAAACUGGUGAGCGUCCUGUAGAUGAAGUUGUAAACCUACUGGGAUUGAAUGAGAAAUAUCAAAAGCAAGAAUAUUAUUUACCAAAGUUUAUGAAUACACGAUGGGUUCGAUCAUAUUUUGAACAUGGAUAUAUAAACAGCUUAGCAGUUAAGAAAUUCUAUAGAUUAUAUAAGGAAAAGUUAUAUAAUAUAGAGAGGAAAGCACGAAAUAGAGAUUUUAAUCAUGUUCAACAAUUACUAAAACGUUUCCCAGAUAUGGAUAUGGAAAAAUUAAAAGCUGAAUAUCCAAAUGUAGAUAUAGAGAAAGCAAAACGUUCAAAGAAAGCAAGAGGUCAUUUUAUGCCAAAAUAUUAAUUGUGUUUAUAAUGACUUUAAUAUAUUUGAAAUGUAAUAAAAUAUUCUGAGCUUA